UACAGUCUGGUUAUUAUAAAAGUGUUAAUGCAAUGGCGAAAGACAUCGAUCUGCUAGCAAAGAAUGCUAAAACCUACAAUGAGCCAGGUUCGCAGGUGUUUAAGGAUGCAAAUAACAUAAAGAAACUUUUUGCCAUGAAGAAGUCAGAAAUUGAUUAUACAGAAUCUUCCAAGUCAAGUUUGCGUAGCAGGAACAAGCGACCUGCACAGGGUGAUAGAUUGGCUGCUAUCACAAUGGCACUGCAGUAUGGCUCAGAGAGUGAGGAGGAUGCAACUCUAAAUGCAGCAGUAGCAACAGCAGCAGUAACAACAACUCCACCAUCCAUCCGCUAUGAAGAAGCAGAGUCUGAAGGUGAAAGUGUUACCUCUUUUAUGGUGGGGACAUAUCAAAUCCAUUAUACCAGCUUUAUGAGACUGUCAGGUCUUGUCGGAAUAACCAGGGUCAACUGAUUGCUGAACCUUUUUUCCAACUUCCAUCAAAGAAAAAAUAUCCCGAUUAUUACCAGCAAAUCAAAAAUGCUAUCUCACUGCACCAGAUCAGAAAUAAGCUAAAGAACCAGGAAUACGAGAGUCUGGACCACUUGGAAUCAGAUUUAAAUUUGAUGUUUGAGAAUGCUAAGCGGUACAAUGUUCCAAAUUCUGCAAUAUACAAGAGGGUGUUUAAAUUGCAGCAGCUAAUGCAGACGAAAAAGAAAGAGCUGGCUCGUAGAGACCUCGAUAUAGAGGACGGAGACAGCAUGAUUUCCUCCGCCACGUCUGACACUGGCAGCGCUAAAAGGAAGAGCAAGAAAAACAUUAGGAAACAACGGAUGAAGAUUCUGUUCAGUGCCGUUCUGGAGGCUCGAGAACCCGGUACUGGACGUCGUCUUUGUGAUCUUUUCAUGUUCAAGCCAUCCAAAAAGGACUACCCUGACUACUAUAAAAUUAUUCUGGAGCCUAUGGACUUGAAAACAAUUGAACAAAACAUUCGGACAGACAAAUAUGCAACAGAAGAAGCCAUGAUGGAUGACAUGAAGUUAAUAUUUCGAAAUGCCUGGCACUACAAUGAAGAAGGCUCACAGGUUUAUAAUGAUGCACACAUCCUGGAUAAAAUCCUUAAAGAAAAGAGGAAGGAGCUCGGUCCUGUGCCAGAUGAUGAGGACAUGGCAUCUCCAAAACUCAAGUUAAGUAGAAAAAGUGGAAUCUCUCCUAAGAAAGCCAAGUAUUUGAGUCCUAUGCAGCAAAAGCUGAAUGAGGUGUAUGAAGCGGUAAAGAAUUACACUGAUAAACGUGGCAGACGUCUCAGCGCCAUCUUUUUGCGGCUUCCAUCUCGCUCUGAGCUCCCUGACUACUAUGUAACUAUAAAAAAGCCAGUCGAUAUGGAAAAGAUCAGGAGUCACAUAAUGGCCAAUAAGUACCAGGACAUUGAUGCUAUGUGUGAGGACUUUGUGAUUAUGUUUAAUAACGCAUGCACUUAUAAUGAACCAGAGUCCUUAAUUUACAAGGAUGCCUUGGUCCUACAUAAAGUAUUGUUGGAAACCAGAAGAGACAUUGAAGGGGAUGAGGACUCCCAUGUGCCCAAUGUGACACUGCUAAUCCAGGAGCUUAUUCACAACCUUUUUGUGUCUAUGAUGAGUCAUCAGGAUGAUGAAGGAAGAUGUUAUAGUGACUCUCUUGCUGAAAUCCCUGCUGUUGACCCCAGGUUUCCAAAGCGCCCCCCAUUGACUUUUGAAAUAAUCCGAAAAAAUGUAGAAAACAACCGGUAUCGACGGCUUGACUUGUUUCAGGAGCACAUGUUUGAGGUACUGGAAAGAGCUCGACGGAUGAACAGAACGGACUCUGAAAUCUAUGAGGAUUCUGUGGAGCUUCAGCAGUUCUUUAUAAAGAUCAGAGAUGAGCUUUGCAAGAAUGGGGAAAUCCUUCUGUCACCUGCUCUGAGCUACACCACUAAACAUCUCCACAAUGAUGUUGAGAAGGAGAAAAAGGAAAAGCUGCCUAAAGAAUUUGAAGAAGACAAGGCCAAACGGGAAGAGGAAAAGAAAGAAGCUGAAAAAACUGAAGAUCAUGGAGGAGUUUCUGGCCAGUCUGGUUUACAACGCACCUACAGCCAGGACUGCAGCUUUAAGAACAGCAUGUAUCGUGUGGGAGACUAUGUGUAUGUAGAGCCUGCUGAGCCCAACCUUCAGCCACAUAUUGUUUGCAUAGAGCGCCUUUGGGAGGACAAUGCUGGUGAUAAAUGGUUGUAUGGCUGCUGGUUUUACCGACCCAAGGAAACCUUUCAUCUCGCACUCGGAAAUUUUUGGAGAAGGAGGUCUUCAAGAGUGACUACUAUAACAAAGUCCCUGUAAAUAAAAUUCUUGGCAAAUGUGUUGUCAUGUUUGUAAAGGAAUAUUUUAAACUGUGUCCUGAAAACUUCAGAGAUGAAGAUGUGUAUGUGUGCGAGUCUCGGUAUUCCGCCAAAGCCAAAGCGUUCAAAAAGAUUAAGCUUUGGACAAUGCCCAUCAGUUCAGUUCGGUUUAAGCCCCGAGAUUUGCCUCUGCCUGUGGUGCGAGUGGCUUCUGUGUUUGCACUUAAAAAUAAAGAGGAAGAAGAGCCACCAGCUGAGAGCACAGAAGAAAUGAAGGAGGAGGACAAUACUAUCUGCUUGGAGAAGGAAAAAGAAGAUGUUCCAGUUGACAUGCCUAAUGGGGAACCUGGAUGCCAUUACUAUGAGCAACUUCGUUACAAUGACAUGUGGUUAAAAGUUGGGGACUGUGUGUUUAUCAAGUCUCAUGGUCUUGUUAGGCCAAGAGUGGGCAGGAUAGAGAAAAUGUGGCUUCGGGAUGGAGCAGCCUAUUUCUUUGGACCAAUAUUUAUUCAUCCCGAGGAGACAAUUCAUGAGCCAACUAAAAUGUUCUACAAGAAGGAAGUGUUCUUAAGUAACUUGGAAGAGACCUGCCCAAUGGCCUGCAUUUUAGGAAAGUGUGCAGUGUUAUCAUUCAAGGAUUUUUUGUCUUGUCGCCCAACUGAAAUCCCCGAAAAUGACGUAUUGCUUUGUGAAAGUCGUUAUAAUGAGAGUGACAAGCAAAUGAAGAGGUUUAAGGGGCUGAAAAGAUUUUCAUUGUCUGCAAAGGUUGUGGAUGAUGAAAUUUAUUAUUUCAGAAAACCUAUUGUUCCUCAGAAAGAACCAUCUCCCCUCCUGGAAAAAAAGAUCCAGGAGUUGGAGGCAAAGUUUGCUGAGUUGGAAGGAGGUGAUGAAGAGAUUGAAGAUAUGGGAGAAGAGGAGGGUGAGAUCUUGGAGGCCCCAUCUGUCCCACAACUCCAAACGCCCAUGUCUGGUGAAUUAGAGCUCAUGCCAUACACUCCCCCACAGGCCGCCGUCGCCGCGCUUUCAAGCUCCCCCCGAUGCACCGACGACCUGACGGCAGAGGUCAGGCUGCCCUCCCCUUCCUCAUUGACGCAAAAGGGGAACGUAGCAGAGCCCACUGAAAAACCCAGUGACAGACAAAAGCAAGAUGGCGACCCGGGGCAGACAGUGGACAGCAAAUUGCCCAAACCGUUAUUAGACAAUGGAAAGUCGACGCCAAAGUCUGGCAAGAACAGCACUAAGAAAGAAGGAGGGAAGAGGAAGAUUAACAUGAGUGGUUACAUCCUUUUUAGUAGUGAAAUGAGGGCUGUGAUAAAAGCUCAGCAUCCAGACUACUCUUUUGGCGAACUCAGUCGUUUGGUAGGAACAGAGUGGCGGAAUCUGGAGGCCACAAAGAAAGCAGAUUAUGAAGAACGAGCUGCCAAAGUGGCAGAGCAACAGGAAAGGGAGAGAUUAGCACAGCAACAACAGCAGCAACAACAGCAGCAGCAGAAUUCAUCUCCCAGAGCCGGAACACCUGUAGGAGCCCUCAUGGGUGUUGUGCCUCCGCCCACUCCAAUGGGAAUGCUUAACCAGCAGAUGACACCCAACUCAGGGGUAAUGGCACAAGGAGUACCUUCCAUGGCUGGAACACCCGCAACUGGAAAUAUUCCGUACAAUCAGCAGAUGGGAAUGCUUGUUCCUGCUGGACAGCAGGCUCCACCUCCAUAUCCUGGUCAGAAUCAAGUUAGUCAGCCAGCUGUACAGCAGCCUUCAACCCCUGUGUUUGUGGCUCCACCACCCAGGACUCAAAAGUUACUCCAUUCAGAAGCAUACUUGAAAUACAUAGAAGGAUUAACGGCUGAAUCCAACUGCAUCAGCAAAUGGGACCAGACAUUGUCAGCUCGGAGACGAGACAUCCACUUGUCGAAAGAACAGGAGAGCCGGCUUCCUUCCUACUGGUUGAAGAGCAAAGGGGCCCACACAACUAUGGCCAAUGCAUUAUGGCGUCUCAGAGACCUCAUGCUUAGAGACACCUUAAACAUCCGACAGGCAUACAGCCUUGAAAAUGUCUAA